AUGGCAUGUGGCGCCAUCGGCGCUCUUGCUAUGAGCAUCCCGGUGUCCGUUGAACAUUCCAAGAUCCUUCACCAGGCCCGAGACGUGCAGGAUGAGUAUGACUACAUCAUAGUCGGCGGAGGCACCUCCGGACUGACUGUCGCUGAUCGACUGACUGAGAGCGGGGAACCAAAUGGCAGCUCUGUCAAUAACGUGUCCGGCGGCGCCCAGGCGUUCUUCAACGCUUCUCUCACAUUCAACUUUCCCUCUGAACCACAAGUCAAUCUUGGCGGCCGCACCGUCGGCGUCGUCGGCGGUGUUCUCCUCGGCGGCUCGUCCGGUGUCAAUGGUUUCCAGGUCCACCGACCGCAGAAGGCAGACAUCAACCGAUGGGGAUCUUACUUUGGCAAAUGUUCGGACUGGAGCUGGGAGAACCUCCUGCCGUAUUUCAAAAAGGCCUGGCAGCUUCACCCGCCGUCCGAAGAGACCGUUGAAGAAUUUGGCAUCAGAUACGACGAAAGCUACUGGGGAACUGAUGGUGGGAUCCACGCCAUGUUUCCGUCCUUCAAUUGGCCUUUCUUGAAGAAUCAGAUGGAAGCCUACGAAGAGAUUGAGGGGGUCGAGUUCCCUGUUGACUCUGGCGCCGGCGAGCCGGGUGCAUUCUGGUACCCUCACUCGGCAAACCCUGAGCAGGUGACGAGGUCGUUCGCAUUGAGCGAGCACUGGACCGGUAAGGCGACUGUGCUCGAUAAUUAUGAGACUGUGCUCGGGCAGAGAGUUUUGCGCGUGCUUUUUGAAGACAAAGUGGCCGUAGGUGUCGAGUACGUCGCUGCUGGUGCUAUCAAUGCUUCGGGAGCACGCGUUGUGAGUGCUCGAAAGGAGGUUAUCGUCGCUGCUGGCACGAUUCAUACCCCUCAGAUCCUGGAGGCGAGUGGCAUAGGAGGUCGUGCCCUCUUGGAAGAAGCGGGGAUUGACGUCGUCGCUGACCUGCCUGGGGUCGGUGCCAACUUCCAGGAUCACCCCCUGGGCGGAGGCGCAUCAUUCACUUUUACGAACUGGGAUUUUCAUCCUGAUUCUAGUGACCUUCAGACGAACGAGACAUUCCGUGCUGAAGCAGAAGCCGAAUUCGCAGAGAGUCGUACAGGCCCCCUGACUAUCGCUUCUGGCAACGCAGCCUCUUUCCUCCCCUUUUCCGUGAUCGCCCCCUCCACCUUUGAAGCCAUUGCCUCAGCCUACGAAGCCCAGGACCCUGCGGCGUAUCUACCUGCCAACUCGGACCCUACCCUCAUCGCCGGCUACGCCGCGCAAAAGACGCGUUUCGCCGCGGCCCUCCGCGCGAAAGACGCAGCCUUCUACAACCUCUUCCUCCGCGGCACCAACACAGAGGGCUCCUCCAUCGUCUUCCUCCACCCCCUCUCGCGCGGCACCGUCCACAUCAACACGGCAGACCCCUUCUUCGCCCAGCCGCGGGUCGACUACCGCGCCCUCUCGAACCCCACCGACCUCGACAUCCAGGUCGAGUUUGUCAAGUUUUCGCGACGCUACUUUCUCGAGACGAGCCUCGCCGAGUUCGGACCGGUCGAGGUGUCGCCUGGCGCCAACGUCACGUCCGACGAGGCGUUGCGGGAGGCGCUGCGGGGGCUCAUCAGCCCGACGUGCUUCCACCCCGUCGGCACGGCGGCCAUGUUGCCGCGAGAGCUGGGCGGCGUCGUCGACGAGAAGCUCCUGGUGUACGGCGUCGAGAAGCUGAGCGUUAUCGAUGCGAGCGUGCAGCCUGAUCUGCCGGGGGCGUAUACGCAGCAGCCUGUGUAUGCGAUUGCCGAGAAGGCCGCGGAUCUGAUCAAGGCCCGGGCUUGA